AUGUUGCAGUGCAUUGCCAGCCCAGCCUCUGGUCUAGAUGUGUUUGACACAAUAGCUAAAGGGGGGAAACAGAGGGCAACGAACGUGACCUUUCAGGCUCAUCAUGUCAGCAGGAACAAGCGUGGGCAGGUUGUAGGAACCAGAAGUGGCUUUCGUGGUUGUACUGUCUGGCUUACAGGCCUGUCCGGAGCUGGCAAGACCACUGUGAGCAUGGCCUUGGAGGAGUACUUAGUUUGCCAUGGCAUACCCUGCUACACUCUGGACGGUGACAACAUUCGCCAGGGUCUGAACAAAAACCUCGGCUUUAGCCCGGGCGAUCGAGAGGAGAACAUUCGGCGCAUUGCUGAAGUAGCUAAGCUCUUUGCAGAUGCUGGACUUGUGUGCCUUGCCAGUUUUAUUUCUCCUUAUACUAAGGAUCGAAAGAAUGGCAGAAAUAUCCAUGAAGAUGCUGGCCUACCCUUCUUUGAAAUAUUUGUUGAUGCCCCAUUGCACGUUUGUGAGAAAAGGGAUGCAAAGGGACUGUACAAGAAGGCCAGAGCUGGAGAGAUCAAAGGGUUCACGGGUAUUGACUCAGAGUAUGAGAAGCCAGAAGCUCCCGAGCUGGUGCUGAAGACAGAUGUGUGUUCUGUAAAUGAAUGUGUCCAGCAAGUGGUUGAACUGCUUCAGGAAAGGGAUAUCGUUCCAGUUGAUGCCUACGCUGAAAUAAAGGAACUGUUUGUCCCAGAGAACAAGCUUGAUCUUGUCAAAGCCGACGCAGAGACCUUGCCAGCACUGGAAAUUAAUAAGGUGGACUUGCAGUGGGUACAGGUACUGGCAGAAGGUUGGGCCACUCCACUCAACGGUUUCAUGAGGGAACGGGAGUACUUGCAGUGCCUUCAUUUUGGCUGCUUACUGGAUGGGGGCCUCAUUAACCUGUCAGUGCCCAUCGUGCUGACAGCUACGCCUGAGGACAAAGAGCGACUGGAUGGCUGCAGUGCAUUUGCGCUGGUCUACCAUGGGAAACGCGUGGCUAUCCUGCGCAAUCCGGAAUUUUUUGAGCACAGGAAAGAGGAACGGUGUGCACGUCAGUGGGGGACAACUUGCAAAGAACACCCUUACAUUAAGAUGGUAAUGCAGAGCGGUGACUGGCUGGUUGGCGGUGACCUGCAAGUUCUUGAUCGCAUCUACUGGAACGAUGGUCUGGAUCAAUAUCGCCUGACUCCACGUGAGCUGAAACAGAAAUUUAAAGCCAUGAAUGCUGAUGCCGUGUUCGCAUUCCAACUACGUAACCCAGUACACAAUGGUCAUGCUCUGCUGAUGCGUGACACAUUUAAGCAGCUGAUUGAACGGGGUUACAGACAGCCAGUGCUUCUACUUCACCCGCUGGGCGGAUGGACCAAAGAUGAUGAUGUACCGUUAACAUGGCGAAUGAAGCAACAUGCUGCGGUCCUGGAGGAGAAGAUACUUGAUCCAGAGUCUACUGUUGUGGCUAUUUUCCCAUCUCCUAUGAUGUACGCUGGGCCAACUGAGGUCCAAUGGCACUGUAGAUCCCGCAUGAUUGCAGGGGCUAACUUCUACAUUGUGGGUCGUGACCCUGCGGGAAUGCCUCAUCCUGAGACCAAGAAGGAUCUGUAUGAACCAACACACGGAGCUAAAGUGCUGACCAUGGCCCCAGGCCUUCUGUCACUAGAAAUUGUUCCAUUCCGCGUUGCUGCUUAUAAUAAGACGAAGAAGGCGAUGGACUAUUAUGACCCCGAACACCAUGAAAAUUUUGACUUCAUCUCGGGAACCCGAAUGCGUAAACUGGCUCAGGAAGGUGAAAACCCACCAACAGGCUUCAUGGCUGAAACGGCUUGGGCUGUCCUGAUUGAAUACUACAAGUCCUUGGAGAAGGCCUAAAUGGGCCAGCGAAACAGCACACAACAGUUCUUUAAUUAAUAGCAGGGGACCACACAGCAAGGGUUCCAGCAACAUUAGUAGUGUUUGUCAGGAACCUGCUCUCUUUCUUAAGCUGCAAACUUUUCUGCACGAAUCUUUAUGAGCUUCAGUAUGUAUUGGGAUGUGUGGAGGUGCUGUUUUUUUUAAUGGUUUCUGUUUUUCUUUGACACGGUUUUAAUUUUGUAUUCCCUUGUUUUAAUCGUUGGUUUCCCCAACCCCAGAUGAGCAGAGAACAGCUUAACAUUUCAGUGGGUAUUUGACGUAGUAAAUUUCCAAUCUCAACAAUUUAAUAAUUAGGGGGCUUGCCGUCUAACAUUACUUAUUUUUUUUAAUAUUUAAUUACUGGGGGUUGUUUAGUUGUCUAUUAACUUUAAAUUUUGUUUAGCUGUUGACAUUGGGUCUAACAGAUUUCAGAUUCCGUUAAUAUUUGGUGUUUUAUUUUACCUUUAGUUCUUUUAUAUUUGAUAUUAUUUCUGGGAUGGUGGGAGGGAGAGAGGGAAUAAAGAGGAGGCCCACUUUAUGCAGUCCAUGUGCAAGUGAUUACAGCAAGCUUUAAAGGGAGCAAUGGAAACGUGACUUUGUACAGAUUUUGUGCUGUUCAUGAACACCUGGGAAUCCAGCUGUUGGAUAGUUGUGUUGUUCUGCUGCUAUAGAACUAUCCUGUCAUCAUCACUUUAAAUCAAACCAAAACAACACGCUUAUUCUAUAGCGGUUAUCAUGUCCCACAGGUGGUGUCACUUUGCUUUCUGACUUGGCUGUGUGUGUGUGAUAGUAUUGAAAUUCACAAACAGUUUAACCUUUUAAUUGCUGAGCCCUCCAGUAAACCCAGUGAAUAUUGAUUAAAUGGAAUUUGGAGGCAUGUGCCGUUUUUAAUGUAAAACAACUGCCCUGUGAAUGCUAAUCCUAACUAUGAAAUGUUGGAUUAUGUGUGUAGUGAAAUCGGCUGGUGUAUUUGUAGCAUGACUGGUAAUAUUCGUAACUUUCAGUCUUAACAAGGUUAUAACAGUUUUUGUAUGCAGCAUAUUGCAGGUCUAAACAUAAAACACAUUCAACAUCUGUGCUUGUGGAAGGAAGGUACUAUUGCAUUAUAUUCCAAGCCAUUUUGUUGUUUUUUCACAUAUUGAUACUUAUCCUCAGUGCUAGGAUCUGCCUUUAUGUUUCUAAAUGAAUCAAUAAAGUCUCAUUAAUGGUC